AUGAUGGAUUCUUUAUGCAAAAUUUUUAAAUGUUGUUUAUAAUGGAAUAUUUGUAAAUUGGCUAAUUGCAGUAAUACUUGUAAACAAAAGGAAAAUUUGAAGAAAGUGAAGAUCGACAUUAUUUAAAAUAGUUGGUUCGUGCUAUUUCAUAUUACCACUAAAAGAAAAUAAUUCAAGGAGAUCUAAAAUUAGAAAAUUAUUGUUAAUAAGUAAAGAUUUAGCUGUAAUUAAAUUUAUUGGUCUUGGUAUUUCUAGUCUUACUUCAACUGACAACCCUGAAAAUACAGAUAAGGUAAUCUUCCAUAUAUGAUCCCAGAACUAUUUAAAAGUAGGUAUGGAAGAUGAUGUAUUCAUUUAGGGAGGGAUAAAACUGUUUCUCCAUUAGCAGAUGUAUGGUCUAUGGGUGUAGUACUGUACGGAAUGUUAGUUGAAACUCUACCAUUUAAUGCUAACACCAAAUAGGAAAUUAUCGCUUAAAUCUCAAAAGCUCGACUAAUGAUCCCAAAGAAUUUAAUACUAAAUUAUCUCGAAAUUACAAAGAUUGCCUAUACCCACUCUAGAACAAGAUCACAAAAAGAGAAUUACUUCAAUUGA